GUUUCCAAUAAGGUUGGGCCGUCCAUGACUCAUCUCUCUCUUCUCCCUCGCAGUUACAACUAUAGGUAGAACUAGCUAGAAGCUUCCAAUCUCUAACCGGGAAAAAAAAAAAGAAAAAAAGAAAAAAAAGAAUUAGGGCUUUUUAGGGUUUAAACUUUGAACCCCAAAAUUGCAUAACUUCCAAAACAUCAACUUGCUCUUUUAGUAAUUACAGACAACUGCAAAAUCACUACAGAAACUCUAAAAAGGGAAUCCCCAAAUGGUUCGCUCUCAUGGCGUCAAGCUUGUUGCUUGGCUCGCUCGCCGCUCCCCUUCCUCCAUUUCUACUAAUUCCGUAUUUAAGGAUCCUUUGAAUGGGAAUUGUAGAAGUUUGAGUACUGGGUUUUCAAAACCUGUUGGGAUUAUGCGUAAUUACUCUCCUAAAAAUGUUAGCCAAAAAAACUGGUUGUUGUUGGGAUCUUUGAGUGCAAAUUUUGGUGUCGCAAGGUCAAUUCAUGGCUCUGCUGCCAUGUCAAGAGAUUAUUAUGAUAUACUCGGUGUUAGCAAGAAUGCAAGUUCAUCUGAAAUAAAGAAAGCUUAUUAUGGGCUGGCCAAGAAACUCCAUCCUGAUACAAAUAAAGAUGAUCCCGAAGCUGAAAAGAAGUUUCAAGAAGUUUCAAAGGCAUAUGAAGUUUUGAAAGAUGAAGAGAAGCGUGCACAGUAUGAUGAGGUUGGACAUGAUGCGUUUGAACGUAAUCUUAAUGGAGAUUUUCAUCCUGGAGCAGGCUUUGAUGACUUUGACAGCUUCUUCAGAAUGGGCGGUGAUAUAUUCGGCAAUAUAUUUAAGCAGAAAUUUGGUGGCCAAGAUGUCAAGGUUCAUAUUGAGCUAUCCUUCAUGGAAGCUGUUCAGGGUUGCACCAAAACUGUCUCAUUUCAAACUGAUGUGCCUUGUGAAGCUUGUCGCGGAGAAGGUGUUCCUCCUGGGGUAAAACCUGAAUUGUGCAAGCGCUGUAAAGGCACAGGCAUGGUGUUCACCCAAAAAGGUUUUAUUAGUCUUCAGCAUCCUUGCAACCAGUGUGGUGGAACUGGGCAAACCGUGUCGAGUUUUUGCAGGUCAUGCAAUGGGCGUAAAGUAGUUAGAGGAUCAAAGUCGAUCAAAUUGGAUAUUGUGCCAGGAGUAGACGACAAUGAAACCAUAAGGGUGCCUAGAAGUGGUGGAGCAGACCCAGAUAGAAAUCAACCUGGUGAUCUGUUUGUAACUAUCAGGGUUCGAGAAGAUCCAGUUUUUAGGAGAGAAGGCUCUAAUAUUCAUGUAGAUGCUGUUUUAAGUGUUACUCAGGCAAUCCUGGGGGGAACAAUCCAGGUUCCUACUCUCACAGGAGACGUUGUACUUAAGGUCCGCCCUGGUACCCAGCCUGGCCAAAAGGUGGUUUUGAAGAAAAAAGGGAUCAAAACACGGGGCUCUUACUCACUUGGUGAUCAAUUUGUGCACUUCACUGUCAGCAUUCCAGCGAACUUAACCCCAAGACAGCGGGAAUUAAUUGAAGAGUUUGCCAAGGAAGAACAAGGUGAAUACAGUAAGCGUGCUGCUGGAGCCUCUGGGUGAAGGAGCAGGGAACCUUGUUUACAUUCAACAUUAUUGUCACGGUUAGCCAGACAACAGUAAAAGAAAGAGGAAGAAUCGGUCAUAUUAACAACCGAGUUGUAUCAGAAGUUUUGUAGGAUCAAAUACUGAGAUGUAUGCGAACUUUUGUCAAUUUUUUUUGGAAGGAAUGUAAUAUUUUCCCUCACAAAAAUCAGUUAUAUAUAUUCAAUUAUUGGAUGCCAGAAAAUAACCACCUUUCGUUCUGAUA